AUGCCAAUUGAAAUUGGAGAACAAGCACCUGAUUUCACUUUAUACAACACAGAACGAAAAGAAAUCUCUCUUAAAGAUUUAUCAUCCACAUCGAAUGUUGUUUUACUUUUUUUUCCAUUGGCUUUUACUGGUACUUGUACGAAAGAAUUAUGUUCUACAAGAGAUGAAAUUAGUGAAUAUGAAAAUUUAAAUGCAACUGUUAUUGCCAUUUCAGUUGAUUCACUUUUUUCUUUGGGAAAAUUUCGUCAGGACAAUGAACUUCCAUUCGAUUUGUUAUCCGAUUUUAAUAAAGAAGUUUCUCGAAAAUAUGAUUCACUUUAUGAAGAAUUUCCAUUAUUUGGUCUUAAAGGUGUUACAAAACGAAGUGCUUUUGUUAUUGAUAAACAUGGAAUAAUUAGAUAUGCUGAAAUACUUGCUGAUGCGACGAAACUUCCAGACUUUGCUAAAAUUAAAGAAGCCUUGGAAAGUUGCGACAAAUCAUAA